AUGGGAGAUGCGCCACUGCAGCAGCCUUUGCUUACUGCAGCUCUCGAUGUCGAUAAUGAUAGCUCGAACGGCGACUCUGGCCUCGGCUCAGAUGUAGAUUCCAUCGAGAGUGCAUCUCUGGCAUCGUCGAUAUUCGGGUACAGAUACGAGAAUGGACGACGAUAUCAUGCCUUUCGAGAAGGCAACUACCUCUUGCCUAAUGAUGCCGAGGAGCAAGAUCGGCUGGACUUGCAACUCGCCCUUCGAGGAAGUCUACACAGAGCACCGAUUGGUCCUGACAUCAAACGAGCCCUCGACUUCGGCACAGGGACAGGCAUAUGGGCCAUCGACCUCGCAGAUGAACGGCCAGACUGCGAAGUGAUAGGCACCGAUCUGAGUCCUAUCCAGCCAGGCUGGCUUCCACCCAACUGCAAAUUCUACAUAGACGACAUCGAAUCCGCCUGGCCUUGGCUACCCCACGAAGCCUUCGACUACAUCCACGGCCGCGGCAUGGGCGGCAGCAUCUCAGACUGGCCACUCCUCUACUCUCGUGCUCUCGAGCAUCUCAAGCCCGGCGGCUGGCUCGAAAUGCAAGAAUACGAAGCCUGGAUCUCCUCAGACGACGACCCCCUCCUCACCAAAGCACCCCACACCAAACAAUGGCAGGAACUCAUCGAUGAGGCUUCCACGAAAUUCGGGAAGAGAAUGAAUGUCGCCUCUCAACAAAAAUCCUGGAUCGAGGCGGCGGGGUUUGAGGAUGUGACGGAUGAUGUGGUGAAAGUGCCGAUAGGACCGUGGGCGAAGGAUCGGAAGUUGAAGGAGAUUGGACGCUAUCAGAGGGAACAUAUGAUCGCUUGUGUGGAGGCCUUCACACUGGCGCCUUUGACGAGGGUGCUGGGAUGGAGGGCGGAGGAGGCGCAGGUGUUGAUGGCGGGAGUGAGGGCUGAGUUCAGCAAUCCAAAGCUGCACCUGUUGACGAUUUUCCAUUAUGUUUAUGGUAGGAAACCUAUGGCCUGA